AUGCUUUGUCACAAUCGACUGCUGCUAGUAAACAAGCAAACUCAGAAGUAUCGUACGAAGUUACGCUACCGGUUCCGUCAACCGUCUGUUGUGCCGCUACGCCAAACCCUUCAGCAGCGCCACAACACGAUCCUGGAAGUUCUGCGAAGACGCAGGAUAAACUCCGGCGAUCAGUCUCCCUAUCGAUACGUGGAGGAACGACUAUACUCUAAACCAUCGCGACUUGAUCGUGAAGGUGUAAAGGUUAACAAAACGUACGCACUGCAGGGCUUAGGUGAUCUGGAGCCUCUCCGGUAUGGUGCGAACUUUGGGAUUUCUGAAAAGGAUGCGUUAAAGUACGAAACCGUGGCCGAAAAAGCGAAGUACAUGGAACCACCUAUUCCCUACAGCUCCCUCGCGGCUCGGAAGCUAGCCGCUGGUGCGUUGUGGCCUGCUGCGCCAGACCCAGAAGGGAUGAUAAGCAAGGAGGUUCGACUACUACGACAUGAGUCAAGCAUGUCCCCAAGCGCGCGUGCGUUUUCCGAAAGGGUAGCAUACCACCUGCGGCGCUCGCUUAAAGCAUGUCCAGGCCACAUCGCUGAGCACAUCGACUUUACGCAGCUUAUCAUACAGGAGGUGUUGGGGUCCCGUCGCUCUAAAGAAAUAUAUAUUGUUUGGUUUACUGUAGAUCCCGGGGCACGCUUUGAACUGGAGCCGCGUCUGCAUCAGCUCAACCACUGGGUACAACAACUUAUUAUUAAGAGAGUGAAGCGCCGUCCUCAUAUCCCACGAGUGACAUGGAUUUAUGAUGGCGGAAGGCUUGAGCGUGAGCUACCACGUGAUGUUAAGCAGGAAUUGCAGAGUUUCGUGGCUGACGCAGCAACAACGCUGGAGAGUCGUGUAAAGUACUUAAAGGAACUUGACACAAUGAAUCAACGUAUGAAGGAUAUACCGUGGUUUAUGCCGUACUUGUGGAGCAAAGAGGAGAAGGCCGCGCGGCAGAAAUCCAUGCUAGCUGAUCUUGAGGAGGUGGAGCGGAGGAAAAAUGAACAUAGUAGUGGACGAAGUGCACCGCCUCGCAUGAGUCCUCCUCCUCAAUUCGUUCGCUAA